AUGGCGUUUGGACCGAAAAAAGAUCGGGUAAGAAUGGGUAAUAUCACACUAGAGGUGGCGUGAGGGCUUCUGGCAUUUUCACAAGGCCUCUCAUAGCAAUUCCGACCUUUAUUUUUGAGAAUCUUCCAAAAUUACGUUAUUUUAGGUACUUUUUUAAUCAUGGAUAAUAUAGCUGUUAAAAUUGGAGAUGGUUGGUUUAGUAUGGUUCUGUUAGGUGAUUUGAACCCAUUUUUCUUUCAUACUGCCGUUUAUUUUGCUGAAUUAGCUUUGAAUCCUGAAAAUUGAUCGAAAUUUUUCAGACCUGUACUACAAUAUAAUUUUCUCUUUUUUUUCAGCCGUAUUAUUAUCACAAGAAGCCUGAGAUUCCCAGGGGCCUUGAUGCACCGCCAUAUCUGAAAGAUGGAGAGAUGCUGGACGGCCGAUAUAAGAUCGACACUAUCUUGGGAAGAGGAGGGUUUGGGCAGGUCUUUCAGGCCAAAGAUAUGGUAAGAACUUGUUGUUUUGUUGGAUUUUAGACAGUCAAGGUACAAGCAAUGAUACUACAGGGAUUUUGAAGGUUUUAUAUUGAAGAUUUACUUGAGAAUAAGCUAGAAUUAACAUUUUUUAUCUAAUUGAUAAUGAAUAAUAUAAUUUAUUCGGAAAAAUCAAAAAUAUCUCGAUGUUCAUAGGCAAUUAAUGCUGCCAAAAGCUGGUAUUUUGUUUGCCUUUGAUUUUAUGCUGUGUUGCCUAAUAUUAUAUGUAUUUUAGGUAACCAAGCAGUACGUUGCGGUUAAAGUUGAACCUCGCGAUCGACAUUCACAAAUAAACACAGAAAGAAUGGUGCUGUUGGACCUGACGUCUUGCAAACAUGUUCCGAACCUCGUAAGUUAUGUUUGUUUUUCAUUUUUCUGGCUUUAGAUUGACAGUGGCUACACCAACGAGCUUUGUUUCCUGGUCCUACCCGUCUACUCGGACAAUUUGUUCGAGUUGCGCAAGUUCGCGCCAGAUCUUCGAUUCCCGGUGAAAUUUGCGUUGGGUGUGUUCUAUCAGCUGGUGGAGACGCUGCAAGAAAUCCACACCCUCGGCUAUGUGCAUCGGGAUAUCAAGCCAUCGAACUUUUGUCUUGGCCGUCUACCAGAUGAAAGAACCAAGGUUUUUUUGAUUGAUUUUGGAAUGUCCAGGAGGUUUCGAACACUGGAUGGGAAAUUAAUCGAGAGAAGAGAUAAUGUCCCGUUCAGAGGUGGGGAUUUUUUGGAGAAUUUCUUUGCUUUUUGACAACUUUUACCUUGAUUUAGGUAUGUUAUCCAUGAUUUUUUGUUUCAUUUUAGGAACUUCUCGUUAUUGCUCCAAGCGCGUCCAUCUCCGCUACGAUCAAGGACCUUGUGACGACAUGUGCUCACUGCUGUUCGGUGUUGUCGAAAUGAUGGAGGGCGACUUGCCCUGGAAGGGCGACGAAAAUGACCGAAUGCUCGCCACAAUCAAGGCAAAACCCAUUUUUAAGUUUGACAAAUUCACGAAAUUCACCCCGAUUCCGUUGUUCCACAUUGCCCACUACAUUCAGCAAUGCACCUACGAACAUGAACUGCGCUACGACGUCAUCAAGAGGCAUAUUAAUGUAGGUGUUUUGAAUUUUUUGUUGGAAUUUUAGGAAUUCAUGACGUGGAAAUGAGAAGUGGGGUGUGUUGGUGAUGCUCGUAAUUGAAUUUUUCUUCAGGAAGCCCUACGAUGGCUGCUGGAGAACGAAGGUAUUGAUUUAGAGGAGAGGGAAAGACAGGUCGCAGAAUUCAUCGAGGACCAUGUUCUACAGGAUAGGAAGAAGGUGGUGAGUGUGGAAGAUAGUUCCCCACCAUUCCCCGCCACCCAGGCCAGCAUUCAUGCCUCGAUUAUGGGAGUUUCGUCCAAGGCGUCCAUCAUUCAACGACAAGAGAACCGAAAAGUCGAAUACGAUUGGGUGAAACCGGCCUCCAGAGACGUUCGGAAGAACACUAGGGACGAUUCGUUUUAUGUUCAGACGGUUAGACACGAAUUGGACGAAGCAAGAAGAAAUUUCGUCAUGGGGAAUAUCAGCGAUCAGAAAAUGGUCAGCCCCGUUCAGCAGGAGGUGAAAGCGUGCAGAAACGGGUCUGCAAUGGAUGUGGAAAGCUGUAAAAUGGGCCGGAAUGGCCAUGGCGACCAACAGCGACAAGGGAGAGAUCGGUUUUUACCUCAAGGUAUGAGUUGGUCAUGGAUAAUAUAAAUUGUUAAAAAAUUUUUUUUUAACUGUGACGGUUGUGAUUGGGGAAAAAGGGACUUUCUACAAAAAAAUACCAAUUUUUGGCAAUUAUAUUGUUCAUGAGGAAUUGGGACGAUUGGGGAAACCAAAAAGUAUUACUUUUCUUCGAUCCAAGUGUGAAAAUAGGAUAAUCGAGGGUGCUGAUUUCGAAAAUGACAUUCAUUUUUUGAUAGUUACUUUUUUUCCUUAAGUAGUACUGUAAAGUAGUAAUUUUUUGAACUUUUUUUUAUAAAUACUCGAUUUGGGGGAUUUCGAUGGUGCUGAUUUCGAAAAUCUUACUCAUUUUUUCUGAUUUGAAAGCAGCACCACCGAAAACCUCAAAUCGAGGGGAAAAGGUAAAUAUCACAAGGAAGGUACUUCUAUGGGGUAUAGAGUUACAGGUCGAGACAUAUAUCAAAAAAUUCGCAAAAUUUUUCUGAUUCAAAAUAUGAAAAAAUUCGCUGUCUAAUUUUGGUUUGUAAGGGUGAAAAAAUCUUCUGAACUUUUCUUCUUCUUCCAGCACCACGAAAAUGUCUUUUUGACCAGGUUUUUAUCAAAUCAAGAGCUUGUUUUUGAGCUAAAGUAAACCCUGGUAUCUUGACAAGCCUUAAAAUAUCAAAUUUAAUUCGCAAAUGCCCCUUUUUAUAUUGGAACUACUAAUUAAGGUGUAGUAUUCAUCAAAUUUGAUAUUUUAAGCCUUGUCAAGAUACCUGGGUUUACCUUAGCUCAAAAACAAGCUCUUGAUUUGUUAAAAACCUGGUCAAGAAGGCAUUUUCGUGGUGCUGGAGGAAGAAGAAAAGUCCCGAGGACUUUUUCACCCUUAUAAACCAAAAUUAGACAGCUAAUUUUUACAUGUUCUGAAUCAGAAAAAUUUUGCGAGUUUUUUGAUAUAUGUCUCGACCUGUAACCCCAUACCUCAUAGAGGUAGUUUCCUUUUCAAAAAAUUGAAUGUCAUUUUCGAAGUCAGCACCCUCGAUUAUCCUAUUUUCACACUUGCAUCGAAGAAAAACAAUACUUUUUGGUUUCUCCGAUCGUCCCAAUUCCUCAUGAACAAUAUAAAUUGCCAAAAAUUGGUAUUUUUUUUUGUAGAAAGCCCCAAUGAUCAAAUGAACAAGGAAAAUCAAGGUCCGCGGAGUCCCGAGCCAAGAGGAUAUCAACGUUCUGACGCGCUAAGUAAUGGAUAUUGCAAUCGAAAUGCGGAAAGUCGAGGUAAAUUUGAAAAAAAAAAAAUUUUAUUUUUUGUUCUGAAUUUAGAUUGGAGAGCUCCGCAACGCCACGAAAAUUACGGAAGAAGCAAUGUGGCCAACUGGAGAGCGGAGAAUCAUAACGCGGGAAAUGGCGGCAUUGCAAAUAAACAACAAGAGUGUCAGAACCAGAGAAACUUGGAGAAUCCCCAAAGAAAUGAGGAUUAUCGACCGCGAAGACUGUCGGAAAUGAAUCAAGGAAGAGGAAGUGGCGAUCAGGAGCCACCCAGAAGCCCGAUUUGUCACAGCGACCGGACGAAUUUUCAAAGGUACAACAACAACUACGAUCCCCAAAAGCCGAUGGAAAACGGAGCCGACCCGCAAUGUCGCUGGUCCCAGAUGGAAAGAAGAGCUUUUCAGAGGGGAUCCUAUCGCCCGAAAAAACCGUUCGUCAAGUAUUUGCAUGUACCCCAUAAUAUCGAAGGCCUGGACGAAUAA